AUCGGGUACUUCAAUGGCAGCAGCACAUUCUCCAGCGUCGUUGAUGUGCGAACCACCUCCGCGAGCGUUGCUGUGAAGAAGAAUGGCGUUGUCAGCGUGAAGGCGGAGGCGGUCGCUGCCCCCAAGGUAGUGAAGGAGUCGAAGAAGGAUGACGAGGGGGUCUCCAUCAACUUGUUCAAGCCCAAGACUCCAUACAUCGGCCGUUGCUUGCUCAACACCAAGAUUGUCGGAGAUGACGCACCGGGAGAGACAUGGCACAUGGUCUUCUCCACUGAGGGAAAGGUGCCAUACAGAGAGGGACAGUCUAUCGGAAUCGUUCCACCAGGUGUUGACGCCAACGGAAAACCCCACAAGCUGAGAUUGUAUUCCAUUGCCAGCAGCGCUCCCGGCGACUUCGGAGACUACAAGACGGUGAGCUGAUCUUGCAGCCCGCUUU